UUGACAACCGGUGGUGUUUGGGCAACACACCUGUUCUACAGCCCACUUUACAGAGAAACCUUAAUAACGCGAUUUACACCGUAUCUACAAGAACGAUAAGUAGGCUUUAUUGUAUUCAAUAUUUCCGUAGGUCAGGGUGCGAUGCAAUUAAAGAUUAUUACAUAAAUGUGUGUCAUGCGUAAUGAAAUACGGGAGAGCGACUUAUUUGGUAUCGGAUAAUAUCUUAAACAAACUGAUGUGAAUAUUUUUUUGCACAAUGUUAAAAAACGGCCCGUUCGUUGAUAGACGUUAACAGGUGUACGAUGGAAAUUGACCUUAGACUAGAAUCAAGCUUAUGGGUCGGGAAAAAAAGGUAUAAAGCUGUUCUGACAGGAUGGCAUUUCCAAUGGACCGAAGUUGACAAGAACAAUCGUGAAAAGAAAACGACUUCGGUGCCUGUGUCCGAGUUAAUUGGAUUAGAGAAGGGCCAAGUCGAGAUACUGCCUCGCAAAUCAGUUGAAGACACCGACAAGGACUUUACAGUUUUCUACGUGAAACGCAGCAGCAGUGGUGGCUCUUAUGGGUUACUAUGGCAAUUUGGACGGAUCCAGUUCAGCUGCGCAAGUCGGGCCCUCAGGGACCAGUGGACCAGCCACCUUAGAGCAGCCCUUAAAACUCACAGCCCCUCACGGCCCCACAGGUUGUUGGUUUUCAUUAACCCGUAUGGAGGUAAGAAGAAAGGAAGACACAUCUACCACUCUCUGGUCGCCCCUCUCUUUGAGCUGGCUGGCAUCACCUCUCAUGUAAUCGUGACUGAGCGGGCUAACCAGGCGAGGGACCACCUUUUGAAGAAAGACCUGUCAGGCUUCGAUGGUGUGGUGUGUGUGGGUGGAGAUGGAAUGUUCAGCGAAAUAAUGCACGGCAUGAUUGGCCGAACCCAACAGGAGGCGGGCCUCUCUGAGAAUGAUCUCAAUGUGACGCUACAGCCCUGUCACCUACAUAUUGGCAUCAUCCCUGCUGGUUCGACAGACUGUGUCUGUUUCGCCACCGUCGGGGUGAAUGAUCCUGUUACUUCUGCUUUGCAUAUUAUCAUCGGAGAUUCUCAGCCUCUGGAUGUGUGUUCGGCCCACCACCCAACGGAGCCGGUGCGUUACUCUGUGUCUCUGUUGGGGUACGGUUUCUAUGGGGACGUCCUGGCAGAGAGCGAGAGGCAUCGCUGGAUGGGCCCCCUCAGAUAUGACUUCUCAGGUGCCAUGGUUUACCUGAGCAGUCGCAGCUAUGCAGGCGUAGUUCAUUAUCUACCAGCCGACCCCCUGCUUUCAAGCCCCCGGGACAACACACGCUGCCUCUCAGGGUGCAGUGUGUGCUCCAAAAGCACGGAAAGACUGUUCCCCCACUCUACAGUCUCGGAGUCGGUGCACAGUUUCCAGUGCAGCCAAUACAGAAGUGACCGUAGUGAAGCUGGGUGGGUCAGCGUGGCGGGCAGGUUCAGGUGUGUGUCCUUCACUUGCAUGUCCAGCUCCUGUCCCAGGAGCCCUCUGGGCCUGUCCCCCUCCGCCCACCUGGCCGACGGGACCGGGGACCUCAUCCUGGUGCGGGAGAGCCACCCGCUGGGCUUCCUCAAGUUCCUCCACAGGCACACCAGCAGCGAGGACCAGUUUGACCUGCCCUUUGUGGAGGUGUGCACCGCGUGAAGGCGUUUCGUUUCUCUCUCCCUCCCGGGGAAGAAGAAGACAGUUUGGAGGACAUGGAGAGUGAGGGCGGCAAGGGAGCGAGGGGAAAAAGGAAACACAAGAGAGUCCACAUGUCGGGAUGGACAGUGAGACCAAGAGCAGGACAGCGGUCCGAGCAUGCAGCUCACCGAGUAGGGCGAAGGUUGGGAUACAAGCCGAGGGGCGAUUGGAGCCGCGGAGAAUUCCCUCUUCUGUGGCCCUU